GAUGGGCAAUCUUGAAACUUGAGCUCCAAAACCAAGAAAUAUUUGGAAAUGCAGGAAGAACGGAUUUAAAAUGAACUUUAGAUUAUAAUAUUCAGCUAUUUAUUAUUUAUAACAGUCGGCCCAAAGGAAAUUUUAUGAAAAUUUAUUAUUAAGUUAUUCCGAGAUAGGACCAGCUCAGGUCAUUUAAGAUUAGAAAAUUCACGAGAAGUGUUUCAUUUUUUAAAUGUUGUAUAUAUGUUUUACAAACAAACAAACAGCGGAUUGAUUUAUAUUUGUUUGUCUUGAGAGAUCCAAUGAGAAAGGCAGAGUGAGAGAAGAAAGCCGCUUACAAGCGAUUACUGUUUACUGCAAAACAGAAUUCAUUUGAAGAACCUUUUCAUUUAAGACUACUUUCCCUUAAAAAACUGAAAUCCCUCUCUUGAUUUUAAUUCCAGAAGAGAAAACUAAAGAAUUGUUCAUACACUUGAAUACCGCUCCAAUAUAGAAACUCAUCUCUCUUUGAUAAGAGGCAAUCUGUGAUGUUCAGAAUAUAAGCUAUAGAUAUGAAAUUAAACAGGCAGUACUUCUCUGACUGCCGAUCGAAUUUCAACAGACCGCGCAAUAUAUUUGCAUAAUCAAAAAUGUCUCGAACAUUACCGGCUACCUAUGUGAAGGGAUUCCACGACGAGGAGAAGGUGCGCCAGAUGGAAUACCGCAAUCUCGGAAAGACCGGCCUGCAAGUCUCGAAAGUCUCUUUCGGAGGCGGCGCCCUGUGCGCGAACUACGGUUUUAAUUUGGAGGAGGGAAUUCAGACGGUGCACGAGGCCCUAAAGUCAGGCAUCAACUACAUUGACACUGCUCCCUGGUACGGUCAGGGUCGCUCCGAGGAGGUCCUGGGACUGGCACUAAAGGAUGUGCCGCGGGAAUCCUACUAUAUCGCCACGAAAGUGGCUCGCUACGAACUGGACUACGAUAACAUGUUCGACUUUAGUGCCAAGAAGACACGCGAAAGCGUGGAGAAGAGCUUGAAACUCCUGGGCCUGGACUACGUUGAUGUCAUCCAGAUUCACGACAUCGAGUUUGCCAAGGAUCUGGACAUUGUGAUCAACGAGACACUGCCCACUCUGGAGCAGCUGGUCAAGGAGGGCAAGGCCAGGUUCAUUGGAGUAUCCGCUUACCCGAUUUCGGUGCUCAAGGAGUUCCUGACCCGAACAGCCGGAAGACUCGAUACGGUCCUCACCUAUGCCAGAUACACCCUGACCGAUGAAACGCUCCUGAAGUACCUGGAUUUCUUCAAGUCCCAGAACCUGGGCAUCAUCUGUGCCGCGGCUCAUGCCCUCGGACUGCUGACCAAUGCCGGUCCACAGCCAUGGCAUCCGGCCAGUGAUGAGCAGAAGGCCAUUGCCCGGAAGGCAUCGGAGGUCUGCAAGGAACGCGGCGUGGAGCUGGGCAAGCUGGCCAUGUACUACACGAUGAGCGGACUGCCCGAGGUGAGCACCUUCCUCACGGGCAUGCAGACGCGCCAGUUGCUGCGAAUCAACCUGGAUGCCAACGAAGUGGGCCUCAGCGAUAAGGAGCAGGAAGUGCUGCGCUACCUGAAAGAAAAUGUUUUGACCAAGCCUUUCGAUUGGGAGGGCAACGAACUGGAAGUAUAUUGGGCGGCCCUGAAGAAGAAAUAAUGAUGAAAUGAUCUUAAAAUCGAAACGAUAAAUAUGCACUUUGCGGCAAAUGAUUUGUGUUUUCUUUGGGUGACCUUUUUUAUGCCCUACAGUGCCCUAGAAGUGAACUUCAGAUGGAAAAAUCAAUUUAUUUUGCAAACAACAUUUGAUAAGCGUUUAAUCAGCGAGUGAUAAUUCUCACAGAUAGCAUAUAACAAUAAGAGAAGAUAAGUGGUAAGCUCUUCAAGCCAAAUCACAUAUAUGUGACAUAAAUUAUAGGGUGGGUAAGUCACCAACAAGCUCUUAUAAAUAUGAUUUGAAAUAUAAGAAAGCACGGUAGAGUUGUUUAUUUAAAAAUGAGCAAAAUUAAUUAUUAAUUAAUUAAUCCGAACAAAUGCAGCAAUCUUUUUCAAAAUCCACAGCUUUGAAAACAGGCAAUCACACGAAGGCAUAACAACUUAAUCAACUGCAGCUGAGCUUCCACAAAUCUCUCGAAGUAAAUGCAUUUUUGGCCAAUAUUGAACAACGCCACUUCCACCUUUCGCUGGCUUGGCAUGGCCAAAACCGAAAUCGUUAACUAAUUACACUUUAAUUAACGCAAUAAACGUAUAACAAAAGACGUGAGCAACAACAAAUGCUGGUGGAAAACUAACGAAGAAAAUAAAAAGCAACCUCAAGAUGAAAACCACUGCUCAAAUUAUUAAACUCGUUGCAUGAAGGAGAACCAAAGUCGAGAGCAUAGCCACUUGCAAAAAACGGGGAAGUUUAAUAACAUUUUGAAUAAUGAACGGCAACCAAAAAAAUCGGUUGAAUGCAGCGCUAAAAAUGCGAAACGAAUGCACCGCAGCAGAAAUCCACAUGCCACACGCGAAAAGCGGAAAUGUCUUUGGAGCGAUGCCGCAUUUUGUUUUCCUUAAACUGCCGCUUUAAAUAAAUAUUGAUACCCUGGAAAAA